AUAUUUCCAUAUUCAGAUUUUUGGAGGCCUUAAUAUAUCUAUUUUAUUAAUUUCAUUGAUAAUAUGCAUGAUAUUUUUUAUAAUUAUAAUUUAAUUUUAAAACAAUAUCGGUAUUUAUUUAAUUUUCUCAGCGAGUCACUUUUAAGUUUUAAGUAACUCGCGCAGUGAAUCUUCCGAGAAAAACAAAAAAAAACAAAAAAAACAACAACAACAAACCUCGCGCAUUGAAGCUCUAAUCUAUUCGUCUUCUUCGAGAUCGGAGAUCGAGACUCUAGAAUUUCAUCACAGCUAUGACAGUGUCAAAUUGAGGUCAAUUUCAAAAUUUCUAUGUUACUUCAUAUAUCACUCUGUUUGAUUAUUUUCGAUUGAAAUAGUAACCAUAAAACAAUGUCAUCGUCUCUACAUCAAAGGCCAAUGCCCAACAGUCUCUCUGAAUCUAACCUAUUAUCUCCUCAUUCUUCAACUAAUUACCGAAAACCCAUCACCAUUUUCAACCGAACGGGCCUCUUAGUUCUUCUAUCUCUACUGAUAAUUUUGGGAAUUUUCUUUCCGUGGAUUAAUUUUCCUGUAAAAAUCUUUACAAACUCUAGAGUUUCUGAAUUGAAAUGGCGUGAAUACACUUUGGGGGAGGCGGUUUUGAAUGUGGCGAAGAAUGGGACUGUUAUAGUUUGUGCUGUGAGUGAGCCCUACUUGCCCUUUUUGAAUAACUGGUUGAUCAGCAUUGUGAGGCAAAAGCAUCAUGAGAAGGUUCUUGUUAUCGCUGAGGACUAUGCCACGCUUUACAAAGUGAACGAGAAAUGGCCUAGUCAUGCUGUGCUCAUCCCUCCUGCACCAGAUGCCCAAACUGCUCAUAAGUUUGGGUCUCAGGGAUUCUUCAAUUUUACAUCCCGAAGGCCUCGCCACUUGCUUCACAUUUUGGAGCUUGGUUAUAAUGUUAUGUACAAUGAUGUUGAUAUGGUCUGGUUAGCAGAUCCAUUUCCUUAUUUGCAAGGGAAGCACGAUGUGUACUUCACAGAUGACAUGGCUGCAGUGAAACCUUUGAACCACUCCCACGAUUUGCCACCUCCAGGGAAAAAGGGGCGGACUUACAUUUGUAGCUGCAUGAUUUACCUGCGCCCAACUAAUGGAGCAAAGCUAGUUAUGAACAAGUGGAUUGAAGAACUUCAAGCUCAGCCAUGGUCCAAAGCAAAGAAAUCCAAUGACCAGCCUGCUUUUAACUGGGCAUUAAACAAAACUGCAGGACAGGUGGAUCUGUAUCUGCUCCCGCAGGCAGCAUUCCCAACGGGGGGGUUAUACUUCAAGAACCAGACAUGAGUUCAUGAUACCAAGAGAAUGCAUGUUAUCAUUCAUAACAACUACAUUACAGGUUUUGACAAAAAGAUAAAGCGUUUUCAUGAUUUUGGCCUCUGGUUAGUUGAUCAUCAUGCCCCGGAGUCCCCACUUGGCAGACUAUAGCAAGUUGCAAAGACAUUUUUCAGAAUGGUAACAUAUAAUCUGCUGAUGCAGAGCGAAUCAUGGGUGCAAUUUACUUGCUAAUUAGCUCAUUUUUGGGCUCACAAGCUUUGGUCAGGCAUUGGAGGAUGCCAAUUACUGACGUCUAAUCAAAUUCCCCUGAACUGAUAAUGUUCCACUCUGUUCAAAGCUUGUCGAAAUAGUCUGCACAUAUUGUCCCCUUUGUUUUGAUGCGGAUUCAUUUAGCAUGAUGAAUGAAUUCCUUGUAAGUUUAUUAAUUAAUUUAUUUCCAAAUGACUAUUGAUAUUAUUUUUUGAAAAAAAAUCAAUAUUUGAAACUUCUCAAGCAAGUUAUUCAUUCAAUUAUGCCAGUCGGAUUGAUGACUUUCGGGUGUUCCUUCACUUGGUGCUCCAAUUUUUUUUUUUGUAAAGUUAAAGCAAUUGACUGAUGGAGUUGGGAUUCGAACCUGGAUCUUUGGCCACAAGCAUCACAUACUCUACUAUUGGGCUAUCACACCACAUCCUGGUUCUCCAAAUUGUUACGUGCGGAGUUUUGAUUAUUUAUUUAUUUUUUCAUCAAGCAGUGCGCACUUUAUGUUGCACAUCUUAUUCUGUAAUUUUUGAAUGAAUUUUAUGUCAUGUAUAGCAU